UCUGUCAGUCUUCCUGCUGUGUGUCCGUCUGUGUGACAUGUCGCUGUGUGUGUCUUUCCCUUGCUGUACUAGUGUGGCAGUCUCCUCCUUGCAUUGCUCCCUCCUCCCUCCAUAGGGCAGUAUUGGCCAUCAUUCAGUCGUUCUCCUUCCCGCAGCCGCCGCCUUGGUAGCAGCUUUGCCGGAGCCCACGAACAGUUUUCCGCCCGGGUCACCUCAGCAGAGAUGUCCGAGCAGAGCAGCAGCAGAUACCAGCAGUUACAAAAUGAAGAGGAGCCUGGAGAAAAUCCCCAGGCUUCCACAGAUGCCCCUCCACCAUACAGCAGUAUCGCUGGUGAAAGUUCAGGACUUUUUGACUACAAGGACGAGUUAGGAUUUCCAAAGCCACCUUCUUACAAUGUGGCAACGUCCCUCCCCAGUUAUGAUGAAGCAGAGCGGACCAAAGCAGAGGCGACCAUCCCUCUUGUCCCAGGGAGACACAGGGAGAGAUUGGAUACCUUUGAUGAUUUCUUCCCUAUUUCACUGGAGGAUGACGAUUUUGUGGCGAGGGAUGAUUUUGAUGAUGCAGAUCAGCUGAGGAUAGGAAACGAUGGCAUUUUCAUGCUUACUUUCUUCAUGGCAUUCCUGUUUAACUGGAUUGGCUUUUUCCUUUCUUUCUGCCUAACCUCAUCCGCAGCGGGCAGAUAUGGAGCCAUUUCUGGUUUUGGUCUCUCUCUAAUUAAGUGGAUUCUAAUUGUACGGUUUUCCACUUACUUCCCUGGAUAUUUUGAUGGGCAGUACUGGCUUUGGUGGGUGUUCCUUGUAUUGGGAUUCCUCCUCUUUCUCAGAGGUUUUAUUAAUUAUGCAAAGGUUCGGAAGAUGCCUGAUAACUUUUCCACUCUCCCCCGGACCAGAGUUCUCUUUAUUUAUUAAAGAUGUAUUUCGGUCUCAGCCUUCCUGCAUCCACCAUCGUCCCCCGUAUCAGAACACACAGGACACCUGCAGGAAGAGAGUGAACUACUCGAAAAAAACUGAAUGGGGAAUAAAAUCACGUAGGAAUUAAAAAUACAAAAUUCUGACAAAAACAUCAAGAAAACAAAUAAAAUAAGUAACUGCUGAAGAUAAUGAAGAAAAGGAGCAUUUUUUUUUGUUUGUUUUUAGGUGUACAACUUUAAUAGUUCUUGCAGAAUUCUGGAAUCAUUAGUGGCUACUGUAUAAAAUCAAAGCUAUCGCAAUCAGUUUGUGAUGUACUUAAUAAAAAGCCUUAUAUAUUGUUUGUAAAGGUUUCCACUGCGGUUACUGCACCUCUUGUGCCAGCAGGGGGCAGCAUUGCUUUAUUUUGUUUUUCCAUCUCUUCUUUUACCUGCAGCGCAAAUGUCUGUGUACUGUAUUGUGUUUUGCUUUAGUCAGUCCUCAAACUUGAGGUUCCAUUCGCUAGGCUCUUGCAAGCAGCACCCUGGUUCUUUCUAUAAAUAUAAUUUAAUAAUGUGUAUAUAACUUGAUCGACAAGCAGAAUUAUGACAUACACACUUAACUGGAAGGAAAACUUGGUUGUUUUUUUUUUUAUUAAAUAAUUAAAAAUAUUAUCUGAAUGAAAUUGUGGAAAUUGCAGCAAAAUAGAGUCUCUUUCCCUGCCGUAGUCCGAGCAUUUUUAACAGAACCGUUGUACAUGGUGAUUAUGCACAAGUAGGCACGGUGUAACCUUAACUUGUAAACGAUAGCAACCAAUUGGCUGCUUUUACUGAUCUAGCAAAGUUGAAAAUGAUUGGUUGCUAUGGAUUACAAGGCAAGGGCAAACGUUGCCCAUGUUUCGGUAUAACCCAGUAACAAUAAAUAGGCAAUCUUUAUAUUUAGUGUAGUCAAUAACAUAUUAAUUUGCCUAUAAAAUGAGCCAGUACUAAAAAACUGAAACCUGCUUUUGUGAAAGAAGCCAUAGUACAUACAUAAAGCUGGAGUUAUUUUGCUUUCUUUAAAGCACCCAAAGCCCCUUUGGCCCUUGAGAUUUUCACAGGCGGUAAAGCAAUGGCCUUGUUAAUGGGAAGCUCAACAGAACCUUGGGCCCGACUUGGAUCUCUACUGCCAUAUUUGCUGUGUUAGAUCUAGGGCUUGUUGCUUCGGUACUGUUCGAUUCCCAGGUUUCCAACUGGAAAAUCUCAUUCUAAGUGAUUUACCCUCUAGCUAGCAACACAUGGGCUUAGCAAGUAUCCAGGCGAAUAGGAACACCGGGCUUUGCAGCAUGUCAAAACAUUUUCCUAAAUUCUAAUUUAUUCUAAAUGAUACGUUUAGAUUCUAUAAACCUUUGGAGCUUCUUUCCUCAAGCAGGGUCAUAAUUCAUUUCAGCUGCCAGAGGGUGGUCCGGGUGGUGUUUAUACAACCUCCAAUACAUCGAUGCUUUACUGCUCAAAUUGCAGGCUGCUGAACUCCACUCACAUUAGUAAAGGGGUGCAAGGCUAGAAUGUUGUCCCCUGUGGGCAGCAGAGUACAAAUGGGCACCACAUCAUGUACCUGUACUUUAUUGUGCUUUUAAAUUGUGUAAGCAGAACUUUGCAUUUUGUGUAGACUGAUAUGCACCUUGUUUUGCCAAGUGGCAAUUCACUUUAAAGUUUUAUGUUAAAAAGAAAUGUAAAUAUAGCAGAAUAUUAAUAAAUGUCACUUAUGUAGCUAA